UUUACAAUUUCAUGAGCAAACCAGCCAAGUUUAUUGCCAUCCUUUACGAUAUUUUGGAAGUAAGAUGAAGAUCUUUAAUAUUAAUUAGAAAGACAGUUUUCAGACCACUAUUCGUUGGACAAAGGAUGGAAAAGGAUUUUAGAUUUUAAGAAUUCCGGAAUUUCAAAGCAAUAUUAUGGAAGAAUUUUUUAACACAUAGAAUUUUUAAUCAUUUUUAAGGCAGUUGAGUUUGUAUGGAUUUAAGAUGAAAAAAAAUGAAAAAAAUUAGAAAAUCUAUAAUCACCCUCUUUUUUUCCAAGGCAACUAGUACUAAUUAUGGCUAUUUUAGUUAAGAACUUCACAAAAUUCAAAGAAGGAAAAAAGCAAAAGAAAAUGGAGAACAAUAUUUUGAUAGUAUUUCCCCUCAACUGUCGAUCAAUAAUAUGAGAAAUCAAUUAGAAAUCUUGAGAAAAUAGUAACAAAAGUUGCUAAUGCAAAUGAGAAUUCAAUUUCAGAUAUAAUUUUUAAUUGCUAAAAAAAUUAAUGCAAUAGUUGAUGUAUUUGUUCCUAUUUUACUUUAUAGCACUUCAAAGAGAAUUACACAAAUGAACAACGAAGAGAAGUCUAUGAAAAGCCUAUGCAUUUGUUAUUUCAUUUAAUAUUUGGACAUAAGCCAGAAUAUGCUAGCAAUCUUAUGGAACCAUUAUAUGAAGAUUUAAUUGGACAACUAUCACCCUUUUCAGAAUUCCCUUGCUCUCCUAUUUAAUUCGCAAAAUUGUUUUGA